GACGAGUGUCGGGUAAAGCGAUCGGCUAUAAAACAACUGGUUAGCCUAUGCUUUCCGUCAUAUGCCAAACGACAGCGUCAAGUCACUGACAGCAUACAGAGACGCGGAUUUUCUGUGCUUGAUAAUUAUAUCUGCAGGAACAAUGAAACUCGGCAAACUUAUUGCCCUGACCACGGCUGUCAUGUUGAUGAAACUUCACAUCUGUGUAGCGCAGUGUAAGCCACUGAAAGGGGCAAAUGGAUGUAGCGGUGUCGCCGACCUCAAGUUCACAGAUGACUGCAAUAAACACGACAUAUGCUACGCUUGCGGCAACGGACGGGGUGUUUCACGCCUGAGCUGCGAUGAACGUUUUUAUAACAAUAUGAUCAACACGUGCAACACCAAGGUGAACUUGUUCUUGCAACGCGGAUGUAAGGCGAUGGCUCGAACUUACUACCGAGGAGUUCGGGCCUUGGGAAAGAAGUCUUAUAAUGUUCCGUCCCUGGGGUUUUGCCGCGAAGCCUGGGUUCCCGCGUGUGUGUGAUGAUAACAAGUAUAUUGUAUGCAUGCUAUAGGCUUCAAAAGUUAAUAAUUAAAAAUAUAUUCACCUUUCACUUGCAGAGCUUAAUUUGUUCCAUUACCAUGUAAUACUGAAUUGUCUAAUACAAAAAAACUAUUAUGUUCAUUAACAUUUGGCCAAAUACUAAUCUGUUAGUAAACCUGCCAUGUCUCGUUUUCACGUAUUACCCAAUAAAAUGCUAUUUAAUACAACUGUGCUUGAUAGCAGAAGUGCUAUGGUCUGAAACCAUUUAGCAAUAGGCCUAGUAUUACUCAAUUUAUUUGUUUGCGAACGUAAACAUAUCAUUAAUUAAUUGGUUGCUUCCUAGUUGUUUCUGUUAAAUUUAAUUGCAUGCUAUUGCAUUACUUCUCUAUACUUCGUCUAUUGUUAUUAAAAUGUUUUUGUAUAACCGAUCUAAAAAAACAUAUACUCACCAUGCUGUGUGCUAGUCAAUUCGUCGUAUAGCACUUUUAUACAAAUGUUCUCUUCUUACAUAGUAUGAAAUAAAACUUGAUAUGUUA